AGCGAAUCAUCAUUCUACUUCGUUCUCGAAACUCGAGAGCAUCAAUUCAAUGUGUUCCUAUAAUAAAUUGUUUAAAAUUUAAAUUGUGAAAUUUCUGUGUUCAUAAAUAUUAUAUCAGUACGUAUCACUUCUCUGACCAGUUGGUGUCUAAUUCUUGUACAUUCAUUUAUUAUAAAUCCGACCAAAGGUGACCAUGAGUGGAGAAGAUCAGCAACCUCAGCGCACUCCACGCAACAUGCAAGGGCUUCUCAAUUUUUGCACGGCCAUAACCGCCCGGGAAGAUGCACCUAAUAAUACUUCCAAUCCUUCGGUUCUCGACCCUGAAAGACGGCAGUUUUUGGAGAAUGUUCUAAGCAGCAUGACCACAAAUGUGGCCAAGGUAAUGGCUGCUCAUCUUCAGACUCUAGCCUCUAGCACUGACCUGCAUGAACAGAUGUCAGAGUGUGAAGAAGAAGAAAAGGCAUUGGAUGAACUCAUCGAAUUGGUGCAAGAUGUGGACAAUGCUAAUGACCUUGUGAAGAUGGGAGGCUUUCCAGUUUUGUUGUCCUGCCUGGAUUCUCCUCACGCCUUGGUACUGGAACUCUCAUGUGAGGUCCUGGCUGUUGUAUGCCAAAACAACCCUAAGUGCCAGGAUGAGCUUCUCAAGCAUCACGGAGUUCUUGAUAAACUCCUGAACCUGCUCGACAAUAAUGCUUCCCCGGUCACUGUCAAGACUAAAGCUUUGUUUGCUGUGUCAUGCCUUAUUCGAGGCCAUGAGGCGGCAACUGCAGCUUUCGAUGAGCGUGGAGGAUUUUCCUACUUGAUGCGUGCCAUGCAGUUGGGGGAGGAGAAGGUCUUUAUCAAAGCCAUAUUUCUGAUAGCUGCUCUCCUCGAUGAAUAUAAGCCAGCUGUUGCCCAGCUCACCUCCAUGGGCUACUCGGACCUGCUGGUUGAAUACCUGUGCUCUGGUUAUCUCAACGGACAGCCAACGUGUGGCGUCAGUGCUCAACGAACUUCACAAACAGCUUGCUGUACGUCGGAUCAGUGCAGAGAACACUGCUGCUCAGCGCUGCUGAAACUUUGCUCUGUCAGCGAAGAAGUUAAACACAAAUUGGCCGCCAAUGAUGCCCUCUGUGAAGCUUUGAAAUGCAGAUUUGACUCAAUUAAAAAUCGAGAUGAAGUCCAGGAGGAGCUACAAUACAUCUUAGCCCUCCUGGUCCAGCUGAAGAAGCAUCAAGCGACUCCUGACGUUGCCGACGAUGUCGCGUGUAGAUGAGCUGGCUCAAGGUCUCCUAAGAUCUAAAUUCUACAGCAUCGUUAUUUGUAUAAUUUUUGCAGAUUAUUUUCAUCCCCGAUCAAGAUCGUCAAUUUUUAUCUGCGCUUCUAUACUUAUCCUAAAUUAUCAUUUUCGUUGUUGUUAUUGUGAUCGUUUUUAUCGUGUGUCUCCGAGUUCAACAUGAAAAUUUGGCUCACACCCAACGGCGUUUUGGGUUCUGGCGAGGCUCGGCCUUGUGCGGUUAUUAUCAUCAUCAAUGUACAUGCUGGCAUUUCAUUUAUGUCUGACACGAUUAACAGAUCUAAAUCUUUCUCCGUAGACAAUUCCUUCUCAUACGCACAUCACGUUACGUAACUGUUUAUUGUGAUUAGAAGGUUAUGACUGAUCAAUGGUGUUAUUAUUCUCGUCUGCUAACUGCUCGAUACUUUGAGGUGACUUCAUAUAAUGAGUUACAAGUUGUAGCCAAAAGUUCGUUAGGAAUAGGCGCUAUCAGUUAACCUAGUAAACAUGACUCUGGACCCACA